UUUCAGCAAAAUAAUAAUUAUUCAUCAGUCGAAGAAACGAAAAUGGCGACAAUAACCAGACUGCAUCUCCUUUUCAUUCUCUCUCUCUUCCUUCUAUCCAUAGUUCCCAAUCAGGCGAAAAAAUCAAAGGAAAACUUAAAAGAAGUGACUCACAAAGUCUUCUUUGAUGUCGAGAUUGAUGGAAAACCUGCUGGUCGCAUUACGAUGGGUCUAUUUGGAAAAACCGUUCCUAAGACAGCUGAAAAUUUUAGAGCUCUGUGCUUUAGAGCUCUGUGCACAGGGGAGCAUGGAAUCGGAGGGCAAGGAAAACCUCUGCAUUACAAGGGUAGCAAAUUCCACAGGAUUAUACCGAGCUUCAUGAUCCAAGGGGGUGACUUUACUCUAGGUGAUGGAAGAGGCGGAGAAUCUGUUUACGGGGAGAAAUUUGCCGAUGAAAAUUUCAAGAUCAAGCACACAGGACCUGGGCUUCUGUCGAUGGCAAAUUCUGGUCCCGACACAAACGGUUCCCAAUUCUUCAUCACAACUGUGACAACCAGCUGGUUGGAUGGGCGUCAUGUCGUAUUCGGGAAGGUAUUGUCUGGAAUGGAUGUGGUGUAUAAGAUGGAAGCCGAAGGGACACAGAACGGAACACCGAAAUCCAAAGUUGUCAUUUCUGACAGUGGCGAACUCCCCUUGUAAUCCGCCUCAGCGCAUUAUUACAUGUUCUUCAGUAAUCUCUCUUUUUUUCUUGAUUACCAUAACUAGGAUGAGAUUUUUAAUUAUAAACUGACAUUACGUCGCCAAAUUCAACAGUCGAGAAUCGUGUCGCAAAUUUGACAUUGACGUGUUUUUUUUUUUAAAUAUAAGAACUCAUUUGGUUUGAUUGGUAUGAAGGAAUAGUGUAGUAAUGGGAUGGCAAGAUACAUGAUAGAUAUGAGUUAAGCUAGAGCUAUUUUUCGUAUACGAUGUGUAUCUUCAUCUCCAGAAUUAUAUUCAGAAAUGAUUAUCCUCACAA